GGGAUCUGUCCGUACUCAGGUUGGAGUGUGUGAGGUCAGGAACAAUCAGUUGACAGUGUGUGUGUGUGAGAGGAACUAUUUAGUCAAGAUGGUUUCCCAGGGGAUCCAGAUCAUGGGAAUAGUCAUGUCGUUGAUCGGCUGUUUGACGGUCAUCAUCGUGUGUGCCCUGCCUAUGUGGAAGGUCACAGCCUUCAUCGGAGCCAACAUUGUCACAGCACAAACCAUCUGGGAGGGAAUGUGGGUGACCUGUGUGGUGCAGAGCAUGGUCCAGAUGCAGUGUAAGGUCUACGACUCCAUUCUGGCUCUACCCCAGGAUCUCCAGGCCGCCAGAGCCAUGAUCAUCCUCUCCGUCCUGACCGGUAUCGUCGGCAUCUGCCUGUCGAUCGCUGGAGGGAAAUGCACCAACUGCACAGCAGAGGAGGGAUCUCAACGUCAACAGUGAAGAGGUGAUUCAGGGAUGCUGGCCUUCUAGGCAGAGU